UAUUCUGGUGUUGAUACCGACCAAAAAUGACGUUGUGUCCGGGUUAUAAAGUCCCAUCCCACGCCCUCCCCGCACAGUCGCGCACACAGCGUGGAGACGCCAACACCGGACAAGUCUGAAGGUGCCCAACCCGGCCGUCGCAACCCAAUUAUCCCGUCAACGCCCUCCCCGCACAGAGAGCGCGGAGUCGCCAACUCGGGACAAGUCUGAAGGUGCCCAACCCGGGUGUCACAACCCAAUGGAGGAAAAUAACAUGGAUUCCAUCGAACUUGGUGACCGUGGCUACAUACAGAAGAAUAUCACUGAAGUGGAUUGUCAACAAAGGAAAAAGUCAUCCAGAUGUGUCACUGUGUGUCUUGGUUUGCUGUGCGCAGUAUUACUGGCUGGAAACAUUGGACAAUUAAUCUACUACAACCUUUUUCCUGGUCUUUCAACGGCGAGGGACAAAGACCUGACGCAUAUGUGCAACAAUUCUCUGGUGACGGACAGAGAUCGACUCCUUGGCAUCGAAAUGGCUUUGACCACCGAACGAGAUGAGUUGAAAGCAAACUUCCAGGACGUGAAGCAGCAGCAUGAUCAGUUGCAGUCCAAUUACAGCCUCUUAAAUAGAGAGAAGAGUGCACUGGGUAAAGAGAAAGAGCAGUUGAGAGUUACUUAUGAGUCCCUUGUUAAAGAGAAAGAGCAGUUACAGACCAGCUACAAUUCCCUUGUUAAAGAGCAAGAGGGCCUUCAAGCUAAUAUAAUCACAGUGGCUUCUGAAAGAGAUGAGUUCAAGUCCCGCCUUAACAAUCUGGAAAAUGAGAAAGAACAGUUGGAGCAUAAUUGCUCUUCACUGAAAAGCGAGAAAGACCUGGUACAGGCAAAUUUUGAGUCGCUCUUUAAAGAGAAAGAACAUCUUGAAACAAGUCAAACAACCUUGUCCGCUGAAAGAGAUCAGUGCAAGUCCAGCUUUAACAGUUUGAAAAAUGAGACAGAUCAGUUAGAACACGAUUAUGCUUUAAUCAAAAAACAGAAAGAUGACUUAGAUGCCAUUCACAACUCCCUCUUGAGAGAACAAGAACAGUUACAGACGAGCUAUGAUUCCCUCCGUAGAGAGCAACAGCUUCUGCUUGAAAGUGAAAAAAAAAUGUCUGAUGAAAGAGAUCAAUUCAGGUCCAUGCUCACCAAUCUGGAAAAUGAGAAAAAACAGCUACAACAUAAUUGCUCUUCGCUGAGGAGCGAGAAAGACCAGUUACAGAACCAAUAUGACUCCCUCGUUCAAGAGUAUGAUGAUAUCAAAAGUAAAAGAGACUCCUUACAGACCAAAAUCUUAUUUCUGGAGUUCGAAAUAGACUAUCUGAAUGAUGAAAAAAAAGUUCUGAAACGGGAUAUGGAUUAUCUGAAACAGGAUAUGGAUGAUCUGAAACGGGAUAAAGAAAAUCUGACACGGGAUAAAGAAAAUCUGACAGAGGAUAAUGCAAAUCUGACACGGGAUAAUGCAUAUCUGACUCGGGAUAAUGCUAAUCUGAUUCGGGAUAAAGAAAAUCUGACAGAGGAUAAAGAAAAUCUGAAAUGGGAUAAAGCAAAUCUGAUACGGGAUAAAGAAAAUCUGAUACUGGAUAAAGAAAAUCUGACACGGGAUCUAGACAAAGCUAAAGCAAGGGAGGAAAUAAACAUGGAUUCCAUGGAACUUGAUGACUGUGGCUACUUAAAGAAGAAUAUCACAAUGAAAGGGUCGGUUACUGAAGUGAGUUUUAAACAAAGGAAAAAGUCAUCCAGAUGCAUCACUGUGUGUCUUGGUUUGCUGUGCGCAGUAUUACUGGCUGGUAACAUUGGACAAUUUAUCUACUAUGAACUUCUGCCUGUUUUUUCAAUGGCGGACAAGAGUAAUUCUGACAAUCUAAAUCAAGAGACGGGCCAGUAUUUCCACACCAACAUCGAACAAGUGGAGAGAAACCAACUUGUAUUCGCUUUGUAUAACCUGACGAGAGACAAAAGCUUGUUGAAUUUGAGCUACAAUACUGUGGUGACGGACAGAGAUCGACUCCUUGGUAUCGAAAUGGCUUUGACCACCGAACGAGAUGAUUUGAGAGCCAACCUCCAGAAUGUGAAGCAACAGCAUGAUCACUUGCAGUCCAAUUACAGCCUCCUAAAUAGCGAGAACAGUGCACUGGGCAAAGAGAAAGAGCAGUUACGGGUUAGUUAUGAGUCCCUUAUUGAAGAAAAAGACCAGUUACAGACCAGCUACAAUUCCCUUGUUAAAGAGCAAGAGCACCUUCAAGCCAAUAAAACUAUGGUGGCUUCUGAAAGAGAUGAGUUCAAGUCCCGCUUAAACAAUCUGGAAAAAGAGAAAGUCCAGUUAGAGCAUUAUUACUCUUCACUGAAAAGCGAGAAAGACUUGUUACAGGCCAAUUUUGAGUCCCUUGUAAAAGACAAAAAACAAUUACAGACCACCUAUGAUUCACUAGUUAAAGAGCAAAAACGCCUUCAAACUAGUCAAAGCACCGAGAUUGCUGAGUUGAAGUCACGUGUCCACAGCCAAAAAAAUGAGAAAGAACUGUUGCAACACAAUUAUACUUCACUGAGAAACGAGGAAAACCAGUUACAGGCCCGUUACGAGUCCCUUGUUAAAGAGAAGGACAAUUUAGAGAGCAGAUACAAUUCCCUCAUUGAAGAGAAAAGGCUUCUGCUAACAAGUAAAACCAUUGUGGCUACAGAAAAAGAUCAAUGCAAGGUCAGUUUUGAAAAUCUGAAAAAUGAGAAAAACCAGUUGCAACGCAAUUUCUCUUCACUGGGGAAGGACAAAGACCUGCUACAGGUCAGAUAUGAGUCGCUCUUUAAAGCGAAAGAACAUCUUCAAAUGAGUAAAACAGUCUUGUCUGCUGAAAGAGAUCAGUGCAAGUCCAGCUUCAACAGUUUGAAAAAUGAGAAAGACCAGUUAGAACAUGAUAAUGCUUUAAUAAGAACGCAGAAAGACCAUUUACAGGCCAACCACAAGUCCCUCGUGAAAGACAAAGAGCUGUUACAGACGAGAUACGAUUCCCUCAGUAGAGAGAAACAGCUUCUUCUUGAAAAUAAAAAAACUUUGUCAAACGAAAGAGAUCAGCUCAGGUCCAGCCUCAACAAUCUGGAAAAUGAGAAUAAACAGCUACAACACAAUUUCUCUUCACUGAAAAGCGAGAAAGACUUGUUACAGGCAAAUUUUGAGUCCCUCGUAAACGACAAAAAACAGUUACAGACCAGCUAUGAUUCACUCGUUAAAGAGCAAGAACACCUUCAAACUAGUCAAAGCACCGAGAUUGCUGAGUUGAAGUCACGUGUCCACAGUCUAAAAAAUGAGAAAGAACAGUUGCAACACAAUUACACUUCACUGAGAAACGAGGAAGACCAGUUACAGGCCCGUUACGAGUCCCUUGUUAAAGAGAAGGACAAUUCAGAGAGCAGAUACAAUUCCCUCAUUGAAGAGAAAAGGCUUCUGCUAACAAGUAAAACCAUUGUGGCUACAGAAAAAGAUCAAUGCAAGGUCAGUUUUGAAAAUCUGAAAAAUGAGAAAAACCAGUUGCAACGCAAUUUCUCUUCACUGGGGAAGGACAAAGACCUGCUACAGGUCAGAUAUGAGUUGCUCUUUAAAGCGAAAGAACAUCUUCAAAUGAGUAAAACAGUCUUGUCUGCUGAAAGAGAUCAGUGCAAGUCCAGCUUCAACAGUUUGAAAAACGAGAAAGACCAGUUAGAACAUGAUAAUGCUUUAAUAAGAACGCAGAAAGACCAUUUACAGGCCAACCACAAGUCCCUCGUGAAAGACAAAGAGCUGUUACAGACGAGAUACGAUUCCCUCAGUAGAGAGAAACAGCUUCUUCUUGAAAAUAAAAAAACUUUGUCAAACGAAAGAGAUCAGCUCAGGUCCAGCCUCAACAAUCUGGAAAAUGAGAAUAAACAGCUACAACACAAUUGCUCUUCACUGGCAAGCAAGAUGGGCCAGUUACAAGCCCGUUACAAUUCCCUUGAUAGAGACAAAAAGCUUCUUUUAACAGGUAAAGCCAGUUUGCAAACUGAAAGAGAUCAGUGCAGGUUCCGCUUUGACAUUCUAAGAAAGGAGAAAGAUCAGUUACAACAGAGUUAUUCUUCACUGAGAAGUGAGAAAGACCAGUUGCAGAACCGAUAUGCAUCCCUCGUUCAAGAGAAACAGCUACUUAUUACCAAUAAGACCACAUUGACUGCUGAGAAAGUUAUGCUUAAAUCCCUCAAUAACAAUAUAAAAAAAGAGAGAGACUAUUUACAAAACAAUUACACUUUGCUUGAGGUUGAAAGAGACCGACUUGAAAGAAAUAAUACGGCCUUGACAGCAAGCAUAGGUAUUUGUCUAAUUCAGAACCGGCUUCUUCAAAUGCAAAAUAUGCACAACGACUGCAACACACUGAGGGUCGAUUACGAGGAGCUACAAAGAAAUCAGAGUAGCCUCGAAAUACAAAGGCUUGAGCUGCAGCACAACGUGGACAAGAUGACCGCCAAGCUAAAAAGUAUGCGCUGUGGGGCCGGCUGGUGGACGUUCAACACCAACUGUUACUUUGUGUCAAACUCGAGUCAGAAUUGGACAAAAAGCAGACAAGACUGCAUAAACAAGGGAGCCGACCUGGUUAUCAUAAACAGCAGGGAGGAACAGUUCUUCCUUAAUGGAUUAUUGGGCCCGAGCAAGCAGGCAUGGAUUGGCCUAACCGACCAUAUGAAGGAGGGAACCUGGAUGUGGGUGGAUGGGACCCCCCUAAUUACAGACAGCUUUUGGCAGAGUGGGCAGCCUAAUAACCUCCGUAACCAGGACUGUGGCGAAAUCCGAAGCAAAAAGGUUUUCAAGUUGGGUAUCUGGAAUGACGACAGCUGUUCUCGUCGCCAACGAUGGAUUUGCGAGAAUUGAUUACGAUAAAUGGCUCUGAACCUAA